AGGAGCCUAGGGGAGCGGCGGGACCUCUGCCAGCCAUAGAAAGACUACAUUCUAUCUUCUCUCCGCGGCUUUCCGCCUUCCUAUUGCUCCUCCUCGGGGUGGGCGGGUGCAGAGAAGAUGGCGGAGAGCGGCGCUGAUGGUGCGGCCUCUGGUACUACCGGGCCGGCUCCGGGUAAAGGUCUUAUUCGUGUCACCGUCAAAACGCCCAAAGACAAGGAAGAGAUUGUCAUUGGAGAAACGGCGUGUGUGAUAGAGUUCAAGGAAGAGAUCUCCAGGCGGUUCAAAGCGAAACGGGAUCAGCUGGUUCUGAUCUUUGCCGGGAAAAUUCUGAAAGACGGGGACACGCUGAACCAGCACGGCAUCAAAGAUGGCCUCACCGUACAUUUAGUCAUCAAAACAGCACAGAAAUCCCAGGACCCAUCAGUGGUUUCCUCUGCUUCUGUUGCGGCUUCUUCCGACUCCCCCUCGCAGACAGGUAACGCUACGUCCCAGACACCCUCUACUGGCAAUGGCUCCUUCGAGGGGACCGGCGAAACCAACAGAGCAACGGCUCCCGGCACUGCUGCAAAUGGAUCUCCCGCUGCCCCAAACCUGCUGUCCGGAUUUGGGGGUUUGUCAGGAUUGGGCAAUCUGGGCAUGGGAUCUUCCAACUUCAUGGAACUGCAGCAGCAGAUGCAGAGACAGCUCAUGUCCAACCCCGAGAUGCUGUCCCAAAUUAUGGAGAACCCCCUGGUGCAAAACAUGAUGUCUAACCCCGAUCUGAUGAGGCAGAUGAUCAUAGCCAAUCCGCAGAUGCAGCAGCUCAUGGAAAGGAACCCAGAGAUCAGCCAUAUGUUGAACAACCCAGAGCUGAUGAGGCAGACUAUGGAGUUGGCUCGAAACCCUGCCAUGAUGCAGGAGAUGAUGAGGAACCAGGACCGAGCCCUCAGCAACCUAGAAAGCAUCCCUGGUGGAUACAAUGCCUUGCGCCGAAUGUACACAGACAUCCAGGAACCAAUGUUUAGUGCAGCCAGAGAACAGUUUGGCAAUAAUCCUUUUUCCGCAUUAGCCGGCGGCUCAGAGGGUUCAGCCUCACAGCCACUGCGCACAGAGAACAGGGAGCCGCUCCCCAACCCCUGGAGCCCAGCCUCGCCCUCUUCCCAAAACCAGACGUCCAACAGUGAAAGCAACACUGGCUCUACCACCAGCCAAAGUGUCCCCACCGUGUCCAACCCUCUUGGCAUCAACGCUGCCAGUCUGGGAACAGGCACCUAUAAUAGCCCAGAAAUGCAAGGCCUGUUGCAGCAGAUCACGGAAAACCCCCAGUUAAUACAGAGUAUGAUUUCUGCCCCCUACACGCGGAGUAUGAUGCAGGCCAUGGCGCAGAACCCAGAAUUUACUGCACAGAUGAUGGGGAACAUUCCAAUCUUCUCUGGGAACCCGCAGCUACAGGAACAGCUUCGACACCAACUGCCAGUCUUCCUGCAGCAGAUGCAGAACCCAGAAUCUAUGUCAGUAAUGAGUAACCCCAGGGCGAUGCAGGCGCUGCUCCAGGUCCAACAGGGACUUCAGACACUGCAGACUGAGGCCCCGGGCUUGUUAUCCAGCCUCGGUUCCGUUGGAAUCCCUGGGGUCCCACCCACGUCUGGUGGAAGUACAGCCCCUGAAAACCCCGCCUCUUCCUCCACACCAUCAAGUGCCUCUCCAUCAGGGGGCAGCAGCAGCAACAAUCCCCAGCAACAGAUGAUGCAGCAGAUGAUACAACUUUUGGCCGGGGGUAAUUCUCAGGUGCAGAACCCCGAGGUCCGUUUCCAGUCUCAGCUGGACCAGCUCAACGCCAUGGGGUUUAUCAACCGGGAAGCAAAUGUACAGGCCCUUAUAGCUACUGGGGGCGACAUCAAUGCUGCCAUCGAGAGACUGUUGGGCUCCCAGCCCUCCUAAUGAGACAGAGAGCGAGAGCUUUGCCCAAAAUCUACAGGAACACAUUCUCCCUGACUCGCCAUGCCCCACCGCCGAGCAUCAUGGGACGUGGCUGACUGCUGCUUAUUGGACUGUUCCUAUUGGAUCCCAGGUGACAUGUGGAUGCUCAGUGCUGUGUGGGACACUACCUGUAUCAUCUCCCCCAUCCCGAGGGUCGCCGCCCCUCUAUUACAGGUCCCCCUCAGCUUUCCUUCCUGAUGCUGUUAAUAAACAACCCAUAAACCAAGCCGCUAUAUAGCAACAUUUGCUCGCAUCUACUAUUAACUAUUUAACUCACUAAUUCUCCGAUAAACUCAGCUCAAAUUCUGGUCUCAGUUAUGUAGGUUAUUUUUUUCCUCCCUUCUUCACUGUUUUGCCUUUAACCCCUCCCCGAUGGCCUAAUGCAUUGGAGCUGUAUUUUCAUUAGAUUGAUUUUUAUCAAUAAAUCAACGAAUUUUAUUUUU